CUUUUAAUGAACAAGAUGCCAAAGAUCCAAAGUCCGAAGAAGACAUAAAUGAGGAUAAAGCUAAAGUAAAAAGCAAUGAUCAAGAUGAGAAUGAUGAAACACCUGAAAAACCUGAAGGUGAGAACACACUGAGAAGAAGCUCAAGAAAGACUAAACCUCCAUUUUACUUAAAUGAUUUUGAUACAGAUGGUUGCUUUAUCAUGUGGCAGUGUGCCAAGUGAAGUUCCACGAAACUAUGAUGAAGCUGUACGUGAUCCUGACUGGAAGAAAGCUAUUGAUGAUGAAUUGCAAAUGUUAAAGAAGAAUAUGACGGAGAUUAUUCCUCACCCAGAUGACGAUACUACAGUGAUUGACUCCAGGUGGAUCUUCACAACAAAAGAAGUCGGAGGUAUAACAGUGAAGAAGGCUAGACUUGUAGCACGAGGUUUCAUGCAGAAAGAUUUACAGGACGAGGAGCUCUACACACCUGUUUCUCGCAUGGUGACUCUUGGAGUAAUGUUAGCCUUGGUUGUUGAGGAGGACGCUCACAUUAAGCAGCUAGAUGUUAAGUCUGCUUUCCUUUAUGGUGAACUUGAGAAGCCUGUAUAUAUGAGCAUCCCUAAAGGUUUAAAUGUACCAACUGAGAAUGUAUGUAAAUUAGUUAAGGCAUUAUAUGGGUUAAAUCAAAGUCCUAAACGGUGGUAUGAAAGAUUACAUAUUUAUCUUCUAAAAAUAGGCUUUGUUAGAUCGUUAGCAGAUCCAUGUUUGUAUUUGAAAGGUGAUACUUACCUUUUGGUAUGGGUAGAUGAUAUUUUGUUGGUUUCACAUGAUUUAAAUGAACUAAAUGAUAUUAAAUGUAAAUUGUCAAAAGAAUUUGAAAUGAAGGAUUUGUCUAACCAAGACAAGUUUACAUUUUUAGGUUUAAAUAUAUCAAGGGAAAAUAAUAAUUUGUAUAUUUCUCAGAAAAGUUUAAUCAGAAAAAUUUUAAAGCAAUUUAGAAUGACUAAUUGCAAAAGUUCAUCGUUGCCUAUACCACCAAAAUUAAAUUUGUCAAAUAAAACUGAAUGUAAUAAUAAUUUGCCUUACAAAGAACUGUUAGGAAGUAUCAUGUAUAUUAUGUUGGGCACAAGACCUGACAUAUGUUUUGCUGUGACUUACUUAAGUCAAUUUCAAAAUUGUUAUGGAGAAGAACAUUGGAAAUAUUUGAAACAAGUUUUGCGUUACCUGAAGGGGACUGAAAAUUUAGCUUUAAAGUUUACAAAGUCUAAUGGUAGUGGAACAGAUAUCACAGCCUUUGCUGAUGCAGAUUUUGCUAAUAAUGAAAUAGAUAGAAAAAGUAUUAGUGGUUUCAUUAUUAAAUUUAACUGUAAUCUUGUAUACUGGAAAUCUAAGAAGCAAUCAGUAGUUGCAUUAUCUAGCUCAGAAAGUGAAUAUAUAUCUCUAUCUGUGUGUAUAACUGAAUGUUCGUUUUUAAAACAGUUGUUGGAGAGUUUAGACAAACAACUAUCUGGUCCUGUACUUGUUUUUGAAGAUAACCAGUCUUGUAUUAGAAUGGCUCAAACACUUGAGACCAAGCGAUCUAAACAUAUUAGUGUAAAAUGUCAUUUCAUCAGAGAUAUGAUUAGUAAGAAUUAGGGAUGGGAAAGUCGAUCCGUCGAUUCUUCGAUACCCCGAUUUUUUGAUACAUAAUCGAUAAUCGAGGAUCGGCGAAAAUCACCGAUUAUUAAAAUUCUGCAGGAUGUAGACGUAAAGUGCUGCCUAGCAGCGGUUCAUCGCUGUCGUUGCAGUAAUUUUAGUCAGUUUUACAACUAAAUAAAUAACCAUAAACGAUAUAAUAAAUAAUAAAUGAAAUAUAACAUAGCUUACCACAGCUCAGUUGCCACAAUCCCGUAAGCGGGAACGGAGGUUGGCGAUUUCGUACUGUGCAUUUAGGGUUAUUUAUUUAUUAACGCAGUGUUAUCGUAUAAAGAAAUUGUAGCCCAACUUUUACUUGCUGAAUACACCCACAUUGGUAGCCAUGUGCACAAAAUUUCAAGAUUCUACUGAGAAGUGUGCCACGUUUUCUACGUUUCUAGUAUAUUUAUUCACUUGCGUUGUUGCAUAUUUAUUUUCGUCAAUGAUUUUUUUUGUUAACCAGCAUUUGUCUAUACAUGAACUUUCACAGGUUUGCCAACUUCCGGUACAGAUCUUAUUCUCAAUUACUUAACGAUAAAAUGCAAGAAUAAUGUGGCCAUAGCCCGUAACAUUUUACGAGUUACGUAUUUUCCGUAAUUUAUUUAAUAACAGUAAACAUUAAAUCACCAGUUAAUUACGCAACUUAAACAUAAAAUUUCAAUGGACGUUUUUGAAACACGUUUUCAUUCCAGUAAGUUACCAGUACGGCAACUGUAGAAAUUUUCUUACAUGCUUUUGUUUCCAGUGAUGCUUCUUUGUUUGAAUGUUGGGUAAUGUUAGCGCAAUACGAAUAGUAAAAUAACAUUUUUAUUUACGUGAUGUCUAGUGAAGUGUGGAAAUACUUUGUCAUCGACCGACAAAAUUCUGGCUACGCAAUAUGUCAAAUCUGUAAAUGUACAAUCUCACGUGGCGGUAAAUCUAAAACUACAACAAACAUGAAAAAACAUCUCGAAAACAAGCAUGGGAGUUACGUUCAUGAGACGAAGAAACAAAGGCUACAUUCAUCGGAAUUGAGCGAGAUUGAAGAAAAUGAAAUAGAUGAUAGUUCAGCACAAAAUUGUUCUUCAGAGACAACCUUGCCAUUGUCAUCAAAUUCAGAUGUUAGGCCUACUGCUACUGAUUCAUCGAGAGGCAGCGGUUCAGUGUCCCCGAGGCAUGCUGAGAAAGUUGGCCAAACGAAUAUUUCAUCAAGAACACCAAACCAGUAUAGGCUAACUCCUAAAAGUCAAUACCAGCCUACAUUACAAUCAUUUAUUGAUAAAACUGCACAAUUCAAGUCCACUGAUCCUCGUGCAAAAUCAAUAACUCAGCACAUAGGUAGAAUGAUGUGCUUAGACAAUCGUCCUUUUAGCAUGGUUGAAGACAGAGGAUUCACAGAAUUUGUCAAAUUCCUUGAGCCUAGGUAUGUUUUGCCCAGCAGAAAACAUUUUUCAAAUACUGUUGUACCACACAUGUACCAAGAAUGUAGGGAAAAUGUGAACAAAAAGUUGGACGAAGCUGAACAUGUGAGUCUUACAACAGAUAUGUGGACUUCAACAGCCAAUGACGAUUAUCUUGGUCUAACUGUGCAUUUUGUUGAUUCCAAUUUUGUCUUGCAACACCUCAACAUUGGGGUUAUUCCCUUUCCUGAAUUAUCUCACACAGGGAACAAUUUGUGCAAUUUUAUCACAGAAACACUUGAAGAAUGGAAGCUGCAAUCUAAAGUUGUUGCCAUUGUAAGAGACAAUGCCAGGAACAUAACUGCUGGCCUAGAAUCAUCCGAAUAUGAACAUCUGCCAUGCCUAGCACAUACCCUGCAGCUUGUUGUAAAGGAAGGGCUACUGAACAACAAGAAUGUAAAUAAUCUGAUUGCUAACGGUCGUCGCAUAGUUGGCCAUUUCAAACAUUCUUGUAAGGCGACAAAAGAGUUAAAGAAGGCUCAAGCCACGCUGAAAAUGAAAAAACAUAAACUUAUCCAGGAUGAACCAACGCGUUGGAAUUCAUCUCUCCAUAUGCUACAGCGCUUACUUGAGCAAAAACAGUCUGUUUCUUUAGCAUCAGCAACUCUGCAGUUACCUGUGACUUUUUCAUCAGCAGAAUGGAACCUGAUGACAAAUGUAGUAAACCUUUUAAGUAUUUUCAACCAUGCAACAUUGGCUGUAAGUACUCAGUGUGUGACAGCCUCAGAAGUCAUACCUAUAAUCAACAGUUCUACUGAAGAGCUAAGGAAACCAGCACCUACUGGAUCAGGUGUACAGGGCAUCAAAAAUGAUAUGCUUGCUGCCAUAACUUUGAAGUAUUCUGAUGUUGAAGAGAAUAUGUUGUACGCAGUUGCAACAUUACUGGACCCACGAUUUAAACACCAUGUUUUUGUGCAGGACGGUAAUGUCACAAAAGCGAAAGUUUUUUUGAUUGAAGAAGCAAGAAAAACUAUCUGUUUGAAACAACCUGAAACUGAGUCUGUGCCGCAAACAUCCAGCCAAGCAAUGGAAAGCCAUGGUAUGUGGACAUUUUACUCAAACAUAAUGAAGACUGCCCCAAGUGUAAGCCACAUCGCAUCAGUUGAAGAUGAGAUUAAUGUUUACUUGGAAGAACCUAUUCAAAAUUCAAGUACCAACGUUUUCCAGUAUUGGAAAGAAAAUACCAAGUACCCAUGUUUAAAAAAACUGUCAAAGAAAUUUCUUUGCAUUCCACCUUCAACUGUACAUUCCGAGCGAUUAUUCAGCACUGCAGGACUGAUUGUUGAUCAGAAACGGAACCGUUUAGAUCCUGAACGAGUCAAAAUGUUGGUUUUUUUAAAUAAGAAUUUGUGAUCUAAUAAGAAUUUAGGAUCUAAUAAGACUUUGUGAUCUAAUAAGAUGCUUUGCCAGUUUUCAUUUAUUAUUUUAAGAACUUUCAAUUUUAUUUUGUCAAAAGUGUUGUUUUUAUGAUAUUUCACUAUGUUGUCAUUUAUUUCAAAGGUAUAAAGAUUGAAUUUGGUAGUUUCUGGUUUUUUACAAUAUUUUUAAUAAUCACAACUUUUUGUGGCUAUUUAAAGUUUGAUUGAUAAAUGUUAAUGAUUGUACAUUUAGUAAUUAAUAUACUAUUUAUUAAAUUGUAUUCCAAUGAAAUUGUUAGUAUUUUGAUGACUUUACGACAAUUCACUUUUUAUUAGUACUACUGACCUAUUACUAAAUUACGUAUUCUCUUUUCAAAAUUACAUAUUCAACUGGAUUAAACAUAAUCCACAUAAAAAAUAAUGCUUGCCCUACACAUUACACAUUACAGAAUAGUAAUUUCAAUUUCUUUAUUUCAAGUAAUGUAAAGUUUUGUUUUAUGUGUUAAAUUUAAUAGUAUUUAUUUAUUAUUUUGAAAAAUGCUUUUUUAGUGUAUUCAAUAAGUAUGUUUACUGAUUCCAUUGUAACUUAUACUUCAAUCCCGAAAAUGAGAAUCUAUAACUUAACCUAAUUGAUUGGAAUCGAUAAUCGAUAAGAAUCGAUGAUCGCAACAAGACUCGAUAAUCGGUAUCGAAUCGAAAAUUUUGAAAAUUUCCCAUCCCUAGUAAGAAUAUUGUAAAACUAGAAUAUGUACCUACACAAUUAAAAGUUGCUGACAUUUUUACUAAGAGUGUACCAAUUAUGCAAUUCACUAACUUUAGAGAUAAGUUAGGUAUUGCAUAAUUGAAGGGAGGUGUUGAAGUUUGAUAUGACUUGUGUGGUUGUGUUGUCUAUGGAAGUAUUGUAUUGACUUCAUUAUUCUUUAAUUGAAGUAAAGUUACGACAACGGUGGUUGACUAAAAUAUGUGUGUAAUCAAAUUUAAUGUAUUAGUAAAUUUGAAUAAGAAUUACUUAACUCUGUGCCU